UGCGCUACAUCUGGGUGAUUUCCGUCAAAAAUAAUCUUUGUCCAUAGUCAUCAACGACCGCGCAUUAAAUGAGUCAUAGAAAAGUUAUAUAACACGUGUAUGCGGAAAACGACCCUCCUUGGGAAACAGUUAUACAGAAUUACUGUCUCAGAACCGGAUCUAUGCUUUGAAAGAAAGUUCACAUUUAUUAUUUAUAACUUGCAUGUGGCAUACAUAAAAGCGUGACUCUCGUGCAUCAGGUGUAUGUAUCUCUAGUUGCUAAAAUGUUUUAGUCCACUACAGUUAUCAAUUUGCACGCCUCAACAUUGUACAAACAUAUUUGGGGUUAGGUAGCUUGGUCAUCGUACAGCAGGAGGCUACCUCGUGUAACUGGAAACUUAUAAAUUACACAUUCUUUUUUGAGGUGCCCCUAUGAUAAGUCAUCCAAGGUUCAGGUUGUGCAAUUAAUGGCUACUACGCUUGUUUUUUUAUUAAAAAUUUUUUUUUUCAAAACUGGAUGAGACAUAAACUCAAAUGCCAUGUUCACAGAUUCUGUGAACUGAAGCAAAAUGAUCCACUUUCAUAUUCGGUUAAUCUCUGAUCAAUAAUGAUAUAUUCAUAUCAGUAACAUAUCAUUAGCUGUGAAACCAAAAUCUGUAGUUUUAGGUAAAUAGAAUGGGUAGUACCCAGUGCUAAUACAAUUUCACUCCAUUCUUUUUGUUUACUAAAUACUACAUAAAUAAUCACUGCCCUUGCAUUCGAAAUCUUUAUGCAGCGUUUCAUUUUGGCCGCCUGUCCCUUUAAAUCUGGGACGGUCUUCGGCUAUUUCCGGUUGUGUGAUGGAUACGUGUAAGAUUAACCUACAGCUGGGAUCAGCUUAAGUAAUUCCGAAUCCAUGUUCUCCGCGCGGCUGUUUUCUGUUUAACAGAAUACCGAAAAGGGAUAUGAUUCACUUAAAUCUCCCCGAGGAGUGAUUCCACGUGAAAGCCGUGUCUUUUCGUUGUCAUUUCGGGACAUCGUUGUCUUUUCCGCGCUUCCAUACCGUUAUGUUUGGGCAGGCUGAGCACGCCGGUCCAGUACGCGCAGACCCGGCGUACUCCGGACUCGCCUUAGCGCUGCGCCGAAGCUGAUCGCGCCGCCGCCGCUUCGCCCCUCUUCUUCCUCCCAAACUCCGGCCCCGCAGAUCCCGCAGGUGACGCCACGCAACCUACGAUGCUUCAGGGACCCUUUGCCGCCUCGGACCGAGACAAAGUCCUCAUCCGGUUCCCUUUCCACUUAUUCGCCGUGGGCACAGUUUUCUUGGCGUUCGGGGGCUUUAUUUCCUGCGUUUUAAUCUCCGUCUUUUAUAAUUAUUCCGAUGCCACUACCACCCACUGCAAGGUGCCAAACUACCUCCCCUCCAUCAGCGCCUCCAUCAGCCUGACACCGGAGCGCUACAUUUGGCGCAUCUGCAUCGGCCUGCACUCCGCCCCACGCAUCCUGUUGGCAGUGGCCUACUUCAAUCUAUACCGGAUCCACUUCGCCAAGCGCUGCUUGGAGUGGUGCCUGGCCUUGGUGGCCCUGGCCUGCGUACUGGCCGAGAAUCUGGGACUGCUGCUACUCACCUACGUGUCCUCUACCGAGACCUACAAUCUGCACCGGAAUGGUUUUGUCAUGUUCAUCAGCUGCUCGCUUGCCCACAUGCUAAUCACCUGCUGGCUCUGGAGGGUGAUUGACCGUUAUCCCCUCACCGCUGAGGAAGGGACGUCGCGCUAUUGGAAGCUCCGCCUCUUUAUCUCCAGCCUGGUUGCCUGUGCUUGCGCCGCGUACUGCUUCAGGCGACACAACAAAUACUGCGAGCCGGGAGUGUACACCUGGUUCGCCUUCUUCGAGUACAUGAUCGUGCUGUUCAACAUGGCCUUCCACACCACAGCCUACUGGGAUUUCAGGGGCAAGGAGAUGGUGAUCGGCACUGUGCCGGAGGACAAGCGCUUCUGACAGGGGAACCGAGGAAGAGCCGGCAGCGGAGCCAGCUCCUCCUCUUCCUCCUCACACUCCCCACAGAAAGAUGGCAGGUACCCUGAUGGGUGGCCGGGGGAACAACUCUUCCACAUUUUUCCUUGAGGAGGGACAGCCAACACGGGAGAGCAGGAGCGGCGCUCGGAGUGAGAUGGAGGUCCUCUGCAUGUUGAGUGGGAGGGGCCAGCUGUUGCCAGGAAGCCAAUGUCCUGGUUGGGAAGUGGGGGGGGGGGGGCCUAAUGCAAUGAACCUUAGUCCCUGAGAGUGGCUUAUGGUCACUGACUCACAGGAAUAUGCCCGCGCUGUCAGUGCCCGUGGGCUCUUGUCCUGGCUCCACCCUCGGCCUUGUCGUUCCAGGAAUUUCCUCUUUCCUGACAGGUUCCAGUUGCCAUAGUAACAGAAGGCACCGUCUCUGUCUGUGGAUGACUUCCUCUGCUGAUGUGCGUUUAUAACGCAGGCGCGCCUGCGUCCUGUCAGUUACUGGUCAGUUUCUGGUCUCAGCCAAGGCUUAUGGUCAUUAAAGACUCGUGCCGGAUGAUAAAAUGACAAAAAGCACCUCUUUCAAAUACAAACGUGCUUCUCACGAGAAUAUCAACUGGUGGACUUUCUAGAAUCGAAAACACACCAACGACUUUGGUGAAAAUGUUAAUCAUGACAAGUUUAUGACUCGACUGAAUAGUAAUACUGCACUGCCGCUUGGUUUUAGCACAAAUGUGUCUGUUUAGUGAUUAUUUAUUUUGGUGUAAUUCUGUGGAACUCAGGAAAGAUUUUAACAGUCUUUGAAUUCAGUGACUUAAUUUUAGGCACCUUUUUAAAAGGGAAGUCGGUGUCUGGGCUGCCUGUCUGCCGCGUCUAGCAGGUGCCCUCAGUAUUACCAUCAACUUUCUUUGCUGCCAACGUGCUCUGUGGACCUGGAGGAUCUCAGCUUCAGCUUCGCCUGCUCCAGCGUCACGCUAACUGGUUGACGUCCUGCGAUUGACCCGUGCUGCCGUACGAUAUUCCUGUGACGUCGGGGGAACGUUCACAGCACACGCCUAGCAGGAGCUCUUCUCUAAUGUAUUUUGCCAGCUUGGCUCUUGUGAUAGAUGUAUGUAUCUUUUGCAAAUAGAUACGCCUAUUGGUCUCAUGCAUACUUGUAUGUAAAUGCAGCUGAGCAAUUGUUCAAAAUUGAAAUGGUGGUGUGGGGUGGAUGGUUGUACAUCUAGACCCCUUAGAGACCCUUUAGAUACCCCUUAGAUACCCCUUAGCUGUAUAUAUCUGAGGAUACCCUGAAUCUCACAAGUAGACUUUAAGUAAAUGCUAAACUCGGGCCACUGGCUUGCAGAGUAUAACUGUUUCCAUGGCAACAUUGGAAUCUCCGGCAUGGAGUUUUACAGAGAGAGUGUGUCUCAAUAUUAAAAGUGCAAGGAUCGUACUUGUGGCCUUGGCAAGAGCAGCUUUGUUAACGUGCCUCACAAGAAGAAACUUGGGUUGCAGUGAAUCAUGGGAUUGUUGUCAUCUGAUGCACCCACAACAUUUGGGCUGGAGUGAAAACGACAUCCGGGGAUUUUCCCCAUCCUCUGUGCUUCUGUUCUUGGUAUUGGAACAGGUCUUCGGCAGUGGAAGAUGACAUGAGAGGCAUGCAGAACACGAGCACGGUGAAGUGUGUAUUGCGAGACGCCCAUAGUGUUUGUGGUGCCAGUCGUGCAUAGUGGCUUAAAUGUUUGAUUAGAAUUGGUGUAAAACAUACUAUAAGCACCAGAGCUUGUCAGCGCAAUGUAAUCUGGCUCAGCAGGACUUUUUAUGGAAAGGUGCUCCUACUGGCUGAUGGCAGCAGGCCUCUGAAGACUUAUGGAAUCACCAGUAACUGAAUGUAUCGUGACUCUGCCAGUCCCACGAGACUCAGGCAACAGUGCUUGCUAAUGAUUAAUAAAUGUCAUCUUCCUACCAAACAA